UGCGACUUCUCGUCAGUCGCCGCUCGACGUAUUGCCGCUGCUGUUGCUGCGUGCAUACGCAUGCACGUAUUCCGUGACGCACGCAGCUCCGUGCCACCGUCUCACGAUAUUUCCUCUGUGAGAAAAAGUAGACUGCGGCGACAGUGGCAAGCCCGGCAGGAGGAGGAGAGUGGGCGGGAGAGGUGUAAUUUAUUCCUCCGCGAGAGUCCCAUCGCUACGUUGUUUUGCCUUCAUCGUAUGUGCGUAGAGUGAGGAAGGGGGGCUUCAGCAGGAAGGGGGAUAGGGGAAGCGAGAAAGAGAGAGAGAUACGGAGUGAGAGGAGAGGAGAGAAGAGAUGUCGGUACGAUUGACAGUUGGUAGUUAGUGUCGCUUCCUCGAUACGCGACGGUCUGCAGCCGCGUUGCGAACAUCUUCGCUCUUCUGAUACGGUUCCACCACGGAAGGAGAAGAGAGGGGAAAGGAAGAGGAGAAGGGGCCAAAGAGAGGGAGAGAGAGAGAAUUCUGUCCUCGAGAAGGGAAUACCUACGACGAGGCGCACCGGCCUCAGCUGUUUAUCUUAACGUGUGUUCCGCGGUCGCAAAUGGGAGAGGGAUCGCUCGAGACAUCAAGGGUUGAGGUCGGUUAGGAUCCUUGGGAGAGCGAAGAGGAGCACGAAGAGGGAGGAGAACGCCGGAGAAAUUUCUCGAGAGAGUCUCGUGUCGGCGUGCUUGUUUACACCUGAGUUCUGUGCAGUUGGAAGCCGCGUGUCAGCGAAACGCUGAGGUUAUUUGAGGAAUCUCGCGGGUAAUUGUCGAAAGGAUUAUCCGAUGAGAGACUGCUCGCGCGGAGGAUAAUAAACAACCUGAGGAAUUCCUCGGCUGAUCGUUGAAGAGGGAAAGAUUACCAGAAAAAAGGAGGUGAAUUAAGAAGGGAACAUCCCGGAGGACGAGGAAGAACCGGAAGCGACGAGGUGAACUCGGAGAGCCGGAAGCGCGGCGAGAGGACAAAGACGUCUUCCUUCUCCUACCCCUCCCAACGUCGACCCCGCGUGGCGCUUUAUCACUCAUUCGCUAAAUGAUUCACGCUGGCGCGUGAACUGUAAGAGAGUCCGACGAGAUCUCCCGCGAGAGAGGAACUGGAACACGUCGAGGACUCGUCGGGAACUCGUCCAGCAUGGUUCGGUGACCGAGCUUGCGUGGAGAGUCCAGAGGAGGAAGGACGUUCGAGGAGAUAGAGUAUACAGAGAAAGAGAGAGAGAGAGAGAGAGAGAGAGAGAGAGAAAGGGAGAAAAGGAGGGAGGGAGAGUGAAAGAGAAAGACAGAUCGAAAGAGAAAGAGAGAAACGCUAAAAAAGGGCACAGAAAGAGGAAGAGAGAAACAGGGAGCAAGAGAGAGAAAGAGAGACGAAGAGAGGGGGCAACAGAGAAGGAAGGUGAAGUGGCAAGGCAUUGGUGAAGACGAGACGGAAGACGAAGGAGAAAAAAGGAGGGAGGGGGGUAGAGGCAGGCCGUGUGGACAACCGUGCACGCUCGUGUGUCUCUCUCUCGUUUCGUUUACUGCUUUCGUUCUCGCGAGCGGCGCGUUGGAUGAACACACUCGUUAGUGCCGGUUGAUGGUACGUGUACGGUGAUCGCGAUACAGCCGCCGUUAGAAAUUCACGUGGUGAGAGAAGAGGAAGGUGACGUCCCACGACAGAAAUCUUUCGAUCGCAGGUGGUGGUGGUGGCCCCCCCCCUCCCCGCGUCAACUAGGCUUGGAAGUCGUCCAGGUCGACCUCGUUCCCGUCGCGCUGUCCACGAAACACCAACGCAAUCAUGCUGAAGCUACUGGGCAACCUAGGUCAGUACCUGAAGACUUCGGGUGUCAAGACCGAGUCAACGCUGUUCAGGAUUCACAACAAGCUGACCGUGGUACUGCUGUUGGCGUGCUCGGCGAUACUCACGGCUACCCAGUAUGUCGGCACCCCGAUCGCCUGCAUACUCAAAAAUAUUCCUGAUAAUGUUGUCAAUACCUAUUGCUGGAUAAUGUCCACCUUCGCUAUGCCGGAUGCAUUUUUUCGAGAGGUCGGCAAGGAAGUUGCCCAUCCGGGAGUAGCCAACGACUUUGGGGAGGUCUCCGAAAGGAAAUACUACACAUACUACCAGUGGGUCUGCUUCUUAUUGUUCUUCCAGGCACUUUUAUGUUGGGUUCCGCAAUGGCUGUGGAAUUUUUGGGAAGGUGGCCUGAUGCAGAUGAUCGUCAUGGGACUAAAUCAAAGCAUGGAUACUAAAGAGAACAUAGAGAAGAAGAAAAACUCCCUUAUGGAGUAUAUGACGUUGUAUCUGAAGAGUCACACCGCGUACGUGUAUAAGUACUUCGUCUGCGAAUUCCUAUGCCUGGUCAAUAUAAUCGGCCAGCUCUACCUGAUGAACCGCUUUCUGGGCGGCGAGUUCUUCAGCUACGGCCUGCGAGUGCUGCAGUGGACCAGUAUGAACCAAGAGAAGCGAGUGGAUCCCAUGAUCUACAUGUUCCCCCGCAUGACCAAGUGCAUCUUCCACAAAUACGGUUCAUCGGGCACGAUUCAGAACCACGACGCCCUGUGCCUGCUGCCGCUCAACGUGUUCAACGAGAAAUCUUACAUCUUUUUCUGGUUCUGGUUUCUGCUGCUGAGCCUCAUGCUAGUGUUCCUGAUGCUGUACAGGCUGCUGAUCAUCUUCGUGCCCACUGUGAGAUCGAGGCUGCUACACGCGGCGGCCAAGAAGGUGCCGAUCGAGGUCUGCCGCAGCAUUAACAAUAAAGUGAACCUCGGUGACUGGUGGAUACUCUACAACCUCGCGCACAACAUGGACCCUGGUAUCUACAAGGAAUUCCUCACGGAGUUCACCAAGAAGAUGAGUAACUCUUCCGGCCACAUCAAAAUGAACGUGUAAUCCGCGCGUGCAUGUACAGUAGGGAAUUGCAUAGUUUUAUGUGCCGACAUACUCACGGACUAAGAUCCGCACCUCGCGACGCGCUGCCCCUCCCUUCCCCCGGUCCCUAUCCAUCCUCACGCGCAUCCCUCCAGAAGUAUUUCUGCGUCAUCGUUGCGGUAGGACUCUUAUAAAUAUACAAAUUUAUACGCUCUUAUAGAUACACAAAUUUUAAGGACUCUUAUAAAUACACAGAUUUAUACACACACGUACACACGUGUAGGAUAUAUAGAUUUCGUACAUUGUGUAACGUUGUGUUUGCGUUUGUAUUGCAUUGUAAAGUAUCUGUACUCGAGAGGAGAAUUGAAACUUGAAUCGAUUGGUCUGUAAGAUAAAAGUAUCAACCCGGACAAGCACCCAGUCCUGGGCAUUCUCAUUGUUUUGGUCUUAAAAUAUAAAUAUUUAAACUUUUAACACAAAUAUAUAUACGAAUAUUAAGUUUACAUAUACAUUCUAUGUUAAAAGUUUAGAUAUUCGUAUUUAAAUACGAUAAAAAUGAUAAAAAUAAUAAGAAUGUCCAGGAUUAAGUCCGGGCAUUAGUAGUUUAACCUUAUAAUUCAGAGGCGAUUCGAUUCAGCUCUCGCCAACUUUGGACAACGAGAACUUUCCGCCGAUAAGCGGUGUCGCGAGCAGAGCGUGCGAAUAAAUAAAUAAACAAAUGUACGCUGAAAACGCGCCAGGACAACUCGCGACGGGCUUUGCCGUCGCGAAGCAAAUCCGUGCGAGCAGCCGACGGAAAUCGCCUAAUCCGAUGUUAACAGUUAAAUUACACGCUGCGCUUUUUCCAAGGCCGUCGGCACGAGCGACGUACCGAAUUCGCGAACCACGACAGUACAAGUCAAGAGAGACGCGAAGGGUUCGGAGUGUGCGAGAGGCGCAACAGGAAUACAUCUGACAAACAAAUGAUGUUAAUUCAACGAGGUGACGUCCUCGAGAGUGACAUAGCUCUCAGAUCAAUGUUGCUUCUGAUCACGAAGAACCUUCGAGUGAAACAUCCGUUAUAUACCUAUUGCAUUACACACCUUGCAUUAUCGCAUUAUCGAACUGAAGCUCGACGUCACACGAUUCCAUGCUUUCUGACACGCAUGUCGACUGGCAUGCUGUUCACAGGCGACUCGUUUCGCAUCAUCAAUCGCGUUACCGUACAUUAAUUUUUUUAUUUAAUUACUUUUUUAUUAUAGCUAUUUCCGGUAUCAACUAUAUCUUUAAGUUAUUUUAGUACAAAAUUAUUAUUAUCGUUACAUUAUAACAAACUUACUACAAAAAUGAUUCUUUUGGGGAAAAUUCCGUCACUGUGUGAGAUUAUAAUAACAGAACACUUUCUUUAUAUAUAUUUUUUUUAGUUUAUCUUAUCUAUUCUAUAGUUCAUUCUUUGUAUAGUUAUUUUUUACUAUAGUUAUUUUCAAAAGUUAAUUUAUCUUCUUGUUGUCUUAACAAAAAAAGUAGUAAUAGUAAUAUGCAUAUAAAGUUCUUACUGCUAUAAACUACAGUAAUAUUUAUUACGAAAGAGAUAAUUUUGAUAUAAAAAUUCUGUCACCAUGAGAUUGUACACUACAAUAAAUGCCAAAUAGUGUUUUGUCUGUAUGCAUGUCAGAAGACACGAAAUCCUCCAUGUGUGACUAUAUUUUUUAAUAUUUUUUACAUUAUUCAGUUUUAUAUAAUUGAAUAUAUUGAUAUAAUCUAUAAAAAAUUUUGUUAAAAAAUCAUUCGCUUAUAUUAUUGCUCUUUAUUAUUUUUUUUUUCAAAGAACACGCGCUAUUGUUCCACAAAAGCUCCGACUCUCGUUUGGUUUCUUAAACGAUAGAACUACCUCCUUGAAAAUCGUACGACAAAAUUCCGUGUAAUCUCACAGUAUUAAGCUCUCCUGAGUCGAUCGUGUAUAUAAUACCGAUUGAAUUGUUCGUUUGAGUGAAAUGCGGACGAACGUGCGCAACGUGACAUUUUCCGGCGGAAGCAGCGGAAAUGAAAUGUGGCUGCCUAGUGUGAUUAGAAGUAAUCGCUCGGGAAAGGUUAAUUAUAUGCAGCGCGAUUCUGAAGAACCUUCCAACACUGAAAACGCGCGUACGAUCUCGUCAGAAUCGAAUGACACUACCGAUGAUGCAACAAGACGCGAGAGGCGUAAUCAACGCGUGAUAUCUGAUUGCGCCUGUCCUGGUUUUCUUAAAAUAAAUGUGUUUUUGGUUUGAAUCAAUAAAAAGAGCAUUUCACCAAUAAUCAGUGAGUAUUCACUGAUCUCCAGGAGAAACACUGUCACUCUACUUUUCCGCCUUGUAUCUUAUUGAUUUUGUUUAAUGGAACUAAGAGUUCACUGCAGAAUUUGUGGUAUACUGAGCAAAACUCUUUGAACACUUCUCGAUGUAAUUUGGAACUCAAUCAACGAGAGAAAUUUUAAGAAUUGGUAAACAAGUUCUCUCAUUGGAUCAUCGGUUGUGUUCCACACUGCAUCGAGAAGAAGCGUUCAAACCGUUUUGAAACUAAAUUUCAAAGCACAGUCAGUUGCAAAUCGUUCAGCAUACUUCUUAUCGAAUAAAGUUGCAACACUUUAAGUUGUCAGAAUUGAAAGACACUGCUGACGCGUGUACGCAUAGGUAUAAAUACAUAAAAAUGUUUCUUAAUGUUUUCGUAAUUGAAAAUAAAUUCUCCCUUCUCAGUUUCACAAAUGUCACACUCUGCGAAAUUCUUCCGAAUUUCACGAAUUUCACUUCGGCUCAUUCAUCAUCGAUUAUUGCACAUACGUAUCAGCCUUCAAUUCUGAUAACUUGAGGCGUUGCGACUUCAUUUGAUAAAAAGUGUGCAAGGCGAUUUGCGACCGGUUAUACACAAAUUUGUUGCACAUCAUACUCAGUUUAAUUGUUUUACGAUACAAUUGACGAUGCAAUUAACGCCAAUAAUGGGAACAGUCGCCGCCUGUCACUGAUCCUUUCAACGAGACUUUAUUGAGGUGACAGUGCUACACUUAAAACUGAACCAUAAGCUAUAAGUCUCAAUGAAAGUUGCAUUUUAGACGUUGUCCAGAGUUGAAAGACCGAGGGAUCAUUAUCGCUCGCCGCGUAUCGAUGGAAAAAUAAGAAAAAAAAAGAAACGAGAGGCUACAUUAGAGAAAUGCGUGAUUCGAUGAGAAACUUCCUUAACUGUACACGCGAUGUGCGCCCGAGAACUCUUAAUUUCAACUGCAACCAUAGAGUCCUCGAUUGGUUUGCAGUCGUUCUCUUAGGUAGAUUCUUAGACAAUCAGAGCAAGAAGAUGAGAUACUUAAUAUAAGAUAUUAGCGAGUUGUAUAGCAAUAAACGACGAGAGAGAGACUUCGCGACUUCUCCUUCGAGGAAGGAACCUUCGGCUCGAACUUGAAUGUUCCCCAUUGAGUCUCGAGGCGCCAGCGUCGUCUCGCGUGGGAUUUCGAGCCGACAGUCGCGCGUUUUCGUAGUUUUCGACGCGAGACGUCUAUAUAUAUAUUUUUUUUAGUGUAAAGUGCAUUCGUCUCGAGUGAAGAGGGAAUUAAUCAUUGCGUUCGAUGUCUGAGCGUGCUCGCUCGCUUGCUCACGUGCACGUGUUCGUACGAAUACUUUCGCCGCCGUUCGCUUGCGUCAUCGCGCCACCGCAAGAAUUCCGCGUUGCUUGCGGCACCGCGACCUGCGUGCGCGGGGACUCACAGAACGGUCGACUGCACGCACAAAGGCCGAUUUUCGUUCGUAUGUGUUCUCUUAAGAGGCCAGGCCAAUGUGACGCUCCGAAAAAGGCGUAUUUUUGGGAGUUAAUUCUGCGAAAAUGGAUCAACCGAGUGCUUUGAAACAUUGCAUAUUAAGUAACUAUUAAACUUUAUAAUAUUAUUUUUUGUUAUUUUUGGAAAAACCUAUAGAUAAAUAUGUAUAUUCUGUAUAUUAUAAAAAGUUUUACAAUAUAUUGUUAUAUAUUAUUAUAUAAUAUUAUAUAUUCUAUAUUAUAUAUUAUAUAUUAUAUAUAUUAUAUAUUAUAUAUUAUAUAUAUUAUAUAUAUUAUAUAUUAUAUAUUAUAUAUUCUAUAUAUUUAAAAAAUUUCUUAAGUAAUAUGCUUGUCAUUGGAGGAUGAACCUAAAUUUUAAACUGCGAAACGAAAAUUGCAGAAACAAUAGCCCUUACAAAAUUGAAUAUCCAAAUUUCGCAUUUUUUUGCACUAUUAAGAAAAGCAUUAAGUUUAAUGUUUUCUGAAUUUUUUAGACUCAUUCCAAUUAGUAUGUUAUUUAAGAAACUUUUUAAUUUUUAUAUCUUUUUCUCAGGUCACUGGAACGGGUGUCAUCUUUCCUGCCGAUUGCAGCGAUAUUUUUUGCAAUCGUGCAUCUCGUCCACAUGCUGCCUAUUUAUUUAUAUAGGCUUUUCUAAAUAAUAAAAAUAAUAAUAUAAAAUUUAAUAGUUAUUUAAUUGAUAUACAAUGUUUCAGAACGGUUCAGAACGGUUGCCCAUUUCCGCGAAAUUAAUUUCCAAAAAUAUGCUUUUUUCCAGAGCGUUACAUUGAUCUGGCCUCUUAACGACCGACGACGAAUUACCGCGUCGCGGUGUCUAUCUGUCAGUCGCGUUCACGUGUAUCUAUUGCCUUAUGUAAGAUGUGAUAAGUAACGUAGCACUCGCGCGGGAUCGAAAACAGAGAAAGAGAUGUCCUCUGAGAAAAAAGAGAAGCGCACAAACAAGUGUACGAACGAAUCAACGAAAAGGAAACCGAGAAACUUCGUCGCCGUUAUUGCUCACCUUCGAACGUCGUCGCCUUCUGCGCAAGGCUUCUUUCGUUUCGCAUUGUCUUUCCCUUUUAUUUUUUACCCACUUGUGUUCCACGGACAACGGAAAUCGUUGUCAGACAAGACUUCCACUUGGAAUUGUGAACUCGUGUUCGUUCAUAUCUUCUUUAGUGUGUAAGAGACGACUAUUACUAUUAUGAUUAUUACUAUUAUUACACUAUUACUAUUACUAUUAUUAUUAUUAGCGCUGCCACUUCCUUUGUAGUGAAUUUAUUGUAUGUAUGGGUGAGGAGAAUGUGUGAAAAUUAAAUUGCAAACAAUCUGUGACACCA